GCUGCGCACUCGCCCGGCCCUUUGUCAUCACGCACUGCUGGGAGCUCACACUUCUUCCAGCCUCCCGCGGGCUCUGGACUUGACUCUGACUGCAGCGCCCGCCUCGGGGACGCGGAUCUAGGGCCUUUGUCCCGAGCUGUGGGAUGCGCGGGAAGCGCCACGCAGCGGAAGAGCUGUGAGUCCAGGAAGCGGAUCCCAGAGUCGAGGAGCGCUGCCCAGCCUUGCUGGGUGAAUUUGGGGAUGGAUGCGAGACCGCAGAGUACGAGCAGUUCCUACCUGGCUGUGUGAAGUGUGGCUGUGCCAGCCCUCCUAAUUGUGAAGACCUGUCUCUGAAGACAGAGACUGGACAGGCCCAGUUCAGCCUACUGGGUUCCAGGAGUGGAUUGAAGCCUUAGCAGGACCAUGAGCGAGGACACGGUUCCCGAGGCGGCCUCCCCGCCACCCUCUCAGGGGCAGCACUACUUUGACCGGUUCUCUGAAGAUGAUCCUGAGUACUUGCGACUUCGCAACCGUGCAGCUGACCUGCGACAGGACUUCAACUUGAUGGAGCAGAAGAAGAGGGUCACCAUGAUCCUGCAGAGCCCUUCUUUCAGGGAGGAGCUGGAAGGCCUCAUCCAGGAGCAAAUGAAGAAGGGCAACAACUCCUCCAACAUCUGGGCCCUCCGACAGAUCGCGGACUUCAUGGCCAGCACCUCCCACGCAGUCUUCCCAGCUUCUUCCAUGAACUUCUCCAUGAUGACACCCAUCAACGACCUCCACACUGCCGACUCCCUGAACCUGGCCAAGGGGGAGAGGCUUAUGCGGUGCAAGAUCAGCAGCGUCUACCGUCUCCUGGACCUCUACGGCUGGGCGCAGCUCAGUGACACCUACGUCACGCUGAGAGUGAGCAAGGAGCAGGACCACUUCCUGAUCAGCCCCAAGGGGGUUUCCUGCAGCGAGGUCACAGCCUCCAGCCUGAUUAAAGUGAACAUUCUGGGAGAGGUGGUGGAGAAGGGCAGCAGUUGCUUCCCGGUGGACACCACGGGCUUCAGUCUGCACUCAGCCAUCUAUGCCGCCAGGCCCGACGUGCGGUGUGCCAUCCACCUGCACACGCCUGCCACCGCAGCGGUGUCAGCUAUGAAGUGCGGCCUCCUGCCGGUCUCCCAUAAUGCCCUGCUGGUGGGGGACAUGGCCUACUAUGACUUCAAUGGGGAAAUGGAGCAGGAAGCUGACCGAAUCAACUUGCAGAAGUGCCUUGGACCCACCUGCAAGAUUCUGGUGCUAAGAAACCAUGGCAUGGUCGCCCUGGGUGACACCGUGGAGGAAGCUUUCUACAAGGUCUUCCAUCUGCAGGCUGCGUGUGAGGUACAGGUGUCGGCUCUGUCCAGUGCUGGGGGCACUGAGAACCUCAUCCUCUUGGAGCAAGAGAAACACCGGCCGCACGAGGUGGGCUCUGUGCAGUGGGCCGGCAGCACCUUCGGGCCCAUGCAGAAGAGCCGGCUGGGAGAGCAUGAAUUUGAAGCCCUCAUGAGGAUGCUGGACAAUUUAGGCUACAGAACAGGCUAUACGUACCGCCACCCCUUUGUCCAAGAGAAAACCAAACACAAAAGUGAAGUGGAGAUCCCAGCCACAGUCACUGCCUUUGUGUUUGAAGAGGAUGGAGUCCCAGUCCCCGCCCUGCGCCAGCACGCCCAGAAGCAGCAGAAGGAAAAGACCCGCUGGCUUAACACUCCCAACACCUACCUGCGGGUGAACGUGGCUGACGAGGUGCAGAGGAACAUGGGCAGUCCCCGACCAAAGACCACGUGGAUGAAGGCUGAUGAAGUGGAAAAGUCCAGCAGCGGCAUGCCCAUACGGAUUGAAAACCCAAACCAAUUUGUGCCUCUCUACACUGACCCCCAGGAAGUUCUGGACAUGAGGAACAAGAUUCGAGAGCAAAACCGACAAGACAUAAAGUCAGCCGGGCCUCAGUCUCAGCUCUUGGCCAGUGUCAUCGCAGAGAAGAGCCGGAGUCCGUCUACAGAGAGCCAGCUGAUGUCCAAGGGCGAUGCAGAUACCAAAGAUGAAUCGGAGGAGACGGUGCCCAACCCCUUCAGCCAACUCACUGACCAGGAGCUGGAGGAGUACAAGAAGGAGGUGGAAAGGAAGAAGCUAGAACAGGAGCAGGAAGGGGAGAAGGACAUAGCCACAGAGAAGCCUGGUUCACCUGUAAAGUCCACACCUGCAUCCCCAGUGCAGAGCCCAUCAAAAGCCGGGACCAAGAGCCCAGCGGUCUCUCCUUCCAAGACUUCAGAGGAUACCAAGAAGACAGAAGUCAGCGAAGCCAACACAGAGCCUGAGCCAGUGAAACCAGAAGGGCUGGUGGUGAAUGGGAAGGAGGAGGAGCCGAGCGUAGAAGAGGCCCUCAGCAAAGGACUGGGCCAGAUGACCACCAACGCUGACACUGAUGGCGACAGCUACAAGGACAAAACCGAGUCAGUUACCAGUGGCCCCUUGUCCCCAGAGGGCUCGCCCUCUAAGUCACCCUCCAAAAAGAAAAAGAAAUUCCGAACCCCCUCGUUCCUGAAGAAAAGCAAGAAGAAGGAGAAGGUGGAAUCCUGAUUAGUGGCUCUGUGGGUCCUGCUGCAUCCCUGCCCUCCUUCCUUACCCUUCUCCCAACUCUGCCCCUGGAACAUAGGGCCAAGGAGGGAUGGAGGAGGUCCUGGGAUCACACUCAGAGGGGAACUUAGAGCCUGCCUUCCCAGAGCAACCAGGGGUCUUGUCCAUAGUCACAGUUAGUUGGCAGCAGAGCCUGCCCUAGAUUUGAGCUUCCUGAUUCCCAUGGCCAUGGUCAUGCUCUGCCCUGUUUUCAACACUGCCUAGUCUGGGCUGCCUAUGUUAGGACACCACCUGCCCACCUGAGCCCAGGGUAGGAAGGCCAAACACCAGGCAAGGUCAUGGAUGCUCACAGACCAAGGUUUCUUCUGAAUAAGGUCCAUCUCUUCCCAGGAAUCCUGCCUCCUGCUGAUGGAGCAAUCUCCACAGCAAGAAGCCAUGCUUCUCUCUUCCAUUUUGGGUCCCUGGCCCCCCCACAACCCCAGCUCAAAGUAACCAGGCAGACUGAUCUGUCCCCGCCAAUAGAAGUUAAUCUUUGAUCCCCAGGCUGAUGGCUUAGCUUGCGCUUUUCCAAACACUAACCCUGAGCUUUCUCCAUGGAACCCAUUGAGUGAGUGAUGGAUGGAAGAACUCUAAGAGCCAACAGAUAGAGGGCAAGCUAAGUCGCCUAGUUGGGGGGGGGGGAGAGGGGGAUCACCAAUCUAUGAGCCCAGGAGCCUGAUCUGUCUGUAUUGUGCUUCUCACAGGCUGAAAAAUUAAACCCAGCUGUAGCUUAAGAAGUCUCAUGCUCAGGGAAGAAAUUCUGGGACAUCCAAAUCUGUUGUUGCUGGCAUUGAGUUGUGUGAGGAGGUCAGAUACCCCUUUGGCUUUGCAUGCUAUGCAGGGCUGUAUCUGCCUCACUCUUGCCUGGCAGCCAGGUGUCCCUUGGCCUUCCCACAUCCCCAAGGGCUCUUGCCCACAGACCAGAAAAUCUUGCUCUUGGCAUCUUGACCUUGGCUUUUUGGGUCCCAACUCUGAGUCAGAGGGUACAGGAGAGGAUGGUCAGAAAUGAGUCCUUUGGGGUUAAUUCUCUCUCACCAACUCUUAAAGACACGGCUGGCAUUCCCAAGCCCAUCACUCUCUUGCAUCCUGAAGCUUGGCAAUAGGCAGAGCUGUUAUUUUAAACGCCAACACUGGUUUCCCCACCCAUAUCCUCCUAAGGAGGAGUGUUGGUUAGUGAACACUUCUGGCUCCAAGACAAUCCAUCUUCCUUAAAGCACAGUGUCUUCAAAGAGCGUUUCUCUUUUUUCGUCCUGAUCAUUGUAAAGGUAUUUUGGAAGUUUCUUAGCUCAUCGGUUUUCACUUUGCACACAUGUGUCUACAAGCACUGCGCGGGCUUUCCCUUCUGCCUUCUCAACUGAACCCUUUCAGGGAUAACUGACUUACUGAGCAGGAUGCGAAGACUCGGUUUGAACCCAGGACUGUCUGAGCCAAGUCCUGCCUCUUCCCAGCUGUGAUGAAUGGACAAUGGCUUUGGCCCAUUAGCCAUCUCCGCAGUUGGUCUUGGCUGUGGAGUAUUAGCACUGGAGAUGAAGGUAGAGAGGCCACCUGUGGUCACGGUCAGUGGUGCAGGCAGCUGUGGAUGGUGGGAUGUCUCUGCCUCUGACAAGGGAGAGCUGAGCCCUCUGGUUGAAGCAGGAAAUCCCACCACAGUCGGCUGUCUCUUGAACAGAGCUGAGAGGCUGGUGCAGAUCUGGGGCUGCUGCACAGACCCUGUUUUGCUCUGCUUUCUGGCUGGGUCAAGUCUAAUGAGAGACAACUCAGUGUUGUUGUGUACAGAUGCUCAGAGACUUCUACUCUCCUGUAGGAGAUGCCUUCUUAAAAAUAAGAUUUCACAUUCAUUCAUUCAUUCUCUCUCAGCAUUCAUUAGGCAUCCAUUUUAUCAGCCACUUUUAAAAAGAUGAGAAGAGUUGACCCUGCAGAGGCGGCAUUUGUGUGAGCCGGUGCUGAGAGAUAAAGUUGGUCUGUGGACUCUGUCCAGUGAGCUCUCUUUACCCAUCCCUGUUAUGUAGCACCGGAGCUUGCUUAGGUUAAAAUGUCAGAGCUUUCCCUGAGCAUCAUCCUUCCAGAUCAUUGAUGGCUGAUUUGGUUUUUUAAAAAGAGAGGAACUUCUGGGGGAAAAAAAAAAGUCAACAGAGGCAGAUAGAUGUGGGAGCGUGGGACUCCACACUGUGUCCUUCUGGGCCAUGCCAGAGCAUUUUGUAAAAGGUGACAGGGAGUGGUUCACAUCCCGGGUGAGCAGGCCUGGGUCUUAAGAACCCUUGUAGACAGUGUGAGAGAUCUGAAUUUUACCACAUUCUGGACACUGAGGACUGUUAAUUAGGGUAGAAUCACAAGUGUGUUGUAGGGUCCCUUUGGUGGCUGAGGGAGUGUGUACAAGGGAGGCUGCUGGCCAUCUCUCAGGCUGUAUUCCCCCCUACUGCAUGGUUAAAACACCUGAAGAAGUUUUUACUGAGCUAAAUUGCUGGGUCCUCAGCCUCAGACCCCAGUUUUCUUUCGGAUUAGAUCACCGGAGAAGUGUAAAGACAUUUUAUCAAUUUUCUUCUUCCCUUGCACAUAAAGGAUGUGGUGUGCACAGCCUUGAGGACUGUAGAAGUGGCUGUGUGUCCCACACAGGACAUUCCUUUGGCUCUGCAAACACUGGUUCGAGGUUUGACUGGUGAGGAGGGAUCGUAUAAGCUAAGGGCUUGUUUCUCAUUGAGCCACUGUAGUUCCUACAGAGAAGGGUCAGAGGGUUGAACUGGUGCUACUGUGUGACCAGCUGACCGGAAGAGUAAAGUGGCUUCCACAGCCUAUUUUUACACACUGUAGAGUGCUAAAGAGAGAGACAAGCCACACUCCUCUAGAGUGUGGAUGGCUAGACGUCAUACACUGGGAGUGGUUGUGGUCUGCGACUAUCCCCCAAACUAAAAAACAAAAACCCCUGCCCAGAGGUGUUCUGCACCACAGCCUGAAGCUGGCCUGUUCUCAGCUGACCCAAGGUCGGUUCCCUCUUAAACCUUGGGAAGAGCUGGCCAACACUUGGGAAUGAGUGUGAAGUCCUUGCUCUGUGGAUAGAGGGCCUGAGAAACAUGGGUGAGGACCAUGAGUCUUUCACAUUCCCCAUUGUAAGGCACUGCUCUGAGACACCCACUCAUGAGACAGUACCUGAGCCUAGCCCCUGUGGGAUGGCAAGGUGACCAGAUGGCAGAUGCCUGGCCUUGUGCUAACAGGGCCUCUGCUCUGGUUGACGUGAGCAGAAAUGCUGUCAUGGAUCUGUAAGAACCAUUCUAUUUGCUCCUGUGAUGUGAGUGUGGAUGGCUAGACCUAAGUUUGGACAUAGUAGGGAAGGUUUGUUUAAGGACAGGACACAGCCCUAUUUAGACUAGUGUGCCAGGCCUUUUCAUAAAUGUGAAUUGUAUGUCUUAGUUCUGGGCCAAAUGUCAUGAGUUCUUGACAGCCAAACAGGACUAUUGAAACACCCAUCCCUGUGCUCGUUUUACACACAUUGCUCCACAAAUACCCAUGGGCUCCUGGCAUAGUUGCCAUCCACUGAGGACAGAGGGACCAUGAGGCUUAUAUCCUUGCUUGUCACUAAGCCCAACCGAACUCUCUAUGAUCCCAUAUAAUUCAGAAAGACUGAGAAAUGAACAAAAUGCUAGAUACCCACUCUCAUUUCCCACAGAAAGGACGAGGCACCUCACAGCUUAAAGUGCAGUAGGGAUUCAUGCCUGAGAUGGGUGCUUUAACAUGAGAAGGAAGGGUCCAGAGGCAACUGAAAUUCAUGAAACACGUGUAUGUGGUUUUUGCAUGCACACCCUCUUUCUCCAAGGUGAAGAGGCACCCAUAGUACUGUGAUUACUUCCCAGAGCCCUAGCUAGCCAGGAUGCAGUGCUCUUCCUGUCAGAAACAAGAGGCCACAUAUAAAGCUCUGUUCCCAAGGCACCCAAUUGCCCCCCACUGGGGAAGCCACCUUGUCCAGAAGUCUGUGGGGAUCCCACACAGUGGAAUUUACUGCAGUGGACAAAGUGCCUUUUAUCAUAGUCUUUGCACUGAUAGUGCCCUGGAGAAGGCAGGCUUCUUUUCAUAGGAACAAUGUGCAAAGCAGUAUUUGGGUGACCCUAGAAAGUAUGGAAGAAGCCACAUUCUGCCUCAUUCACAUGUGGGUGACAUUAGACUUUUGCCAAAUUGACUUUUGUGCUGACAUGGGUGAGGACCAUGAGUCUCUCACAUUCUCCAUUGUAAGGCACUGCUCUGAGCCACCCAAUCAUAAGACAGUGCCUGAGUCUAGCCCCUGUGGGAUGGCAAUGUGACCAGGUGACAGAUGCCUGGCCUUGUGCUAACAGGGCCUCCGCACUGGUUGACGUGAGCAGAAAUGCUGUCAUGUAUCUGUAAGAACCAUUUGCUCCUGUAUUCUCCAAGAUUCUCCCAUAAAUUGGGUGAUCAGUUUGAGGACAUAGGGUCAGAGAUAGAAGAGGCUCUUCGUGCUGGGAAGGCUCAGGCGCAGGCUAGCCUGAGAAGGCAGUCUUCCAUGGGAGUCUGAGAAGGCAGUCUUCCAUGGGAGUCAGGUCCUCAGCUCCUCCCCUCACCCACCCUGUCCUAACCCCCCCCCCCCAGGGGGAGGCUGGACCCUGAGGGCUCUUCCCUAGCUCUUGGGUAGAAAUGACAUCUCAGGAGCUGAGGGGAUGGUGAGAAGGGUCUAACCUCUCCUCCCUCCACAAACCAUCCUGUGUAUCUUUUAAGGACCCCUUUAAUAUGAAUCAGGGUGGCAGUUGGACCUAAACCCAGGGGGUCGCACUUGAGACACAUCAGGAACCCUUAUAAGAUGGUAAUGCAUUUGGGGAUGCCUCAUUUCCAUGCCAUCUUGCUCCUGUGGGUCUCUGUUGGUGAAUCAUACCACAGGAUUGUCCUCUAUAAAUUUUUGAACUGCUGGAAGUGAUGAGUCCCUAACACUUCCCAAAGUGUGUGACCCAUCUCUGUUGGAUAUUUGGGGCUCUUGGGGAGGUGGGAGUUAGAAAGGGGGCUCGGGUACCUCACAGGACCCAUGGGAUGCAGGGUCACAGGAACCCAGGCUGGCCAGGGAGUGCAGUGUCUCGUAAGUAAUGCUGUGGGUGGUUUUGGUGAACUGUCUGUCUGACAAUCGUCACAUGAGCGUAUGACUUACUGUCUUCCCUUGUACAUAGGCUGUCUGUGUUUGGCUUUUCCUAGUACUGUGAGGUUUCCCACAGGGAUUCCAUGUAGUACUCUGUGCUGUGACAAUGCCACUCUUCCCCCAAGAUCACACAUCAUCCCCACAAAUGGUUCUGCCUUUCUCUAUGCUAACACAUGGAGCCACUGAGAUGCAGUUGGGUGGUUAGGCUCUUGGAUUUUAUUUUGCAAUUUUAUAUAUAUACAUAUAUAAUAUAUAUAUUUAUGGGUUGGUUUUAUAUGGUUUUCUGUUUGAAUCUAUGAGCAACAAAGCUUCCCUUCGAUUUUCAUGAGAACUUUCCAAAGGCCUUUUGCUGCUUUGGUGUCUGACUGUGUUUGGGGUGGACUCUGCUUGUGGGUUUCUCUGUGUGUGCCGUUAUUUCACCUGCAGAUCUUACCCUAGUAAACCAGAUGUGCUUGGCUUCCCAA